AUGCUUUGGAGUAACACAACUAAGAAUUAUGCUUUUAUUUUAGAAUAUGCACAAGGAAUUUAUAGAAUUCAUGGAAAGAAAAUUAUGCAUCGAGAUUUACAUAAUGGCAAUAUUCUUUUAUCAGCCGCAGUAUGGAAACGGUUCUCCGUGCAAAUUGUUGAAACAAGUAAGGCUGCAGCAAGCACCGGGGUUUCCCAAAUCACAUUGCGCACCUCGAGGAGCACAUACGGCAAAGAUGGAUGUGAAGGUAGAGGUGGAUGUGAGGGUAGAGGUGGAUGUGGAGGUAGUGAUGGAUGUGGUGACGAUCUUUUCGCAUUUGUUAUUAUUAUGACGGACAUAGCUAUCUUUUGUAUCAGGAAUGCAGAUAACAUUAAUACGUCUGGUGGUAUCGAUAGCGGUAAUGGUAGAUAUGGUGGUAGUUGGAGAUACGAUGGUGAUGGUGGUAAAAGGUUUUGGGCAAUUUGUAGGAUAUUUCGUUUUGGUACAAUGGCGUGUUUUGAUGAUGGUUCUACAGUUUCUGGCAGUUACUUGUGA